GAGCGAGCGGGGGAGUGAACGAGGGAGGAGCGCAGCGCACACUGCAGUCGUACGGCCGGGGAUCCCUGGGAUAAACAAUCAGUCGCGCUCUUACAUUGUUAUUGUUCGGUCGCUACGGAUGUUUUUAUUAUCGCCCCUUUAACGCCGCUACUCCGCUGACGCGCCCGGGAACCGCAGCCCCGGACCUGCGAAGGAUUUCGCCCUUUCAGGAGAGCCAGCGCAUUUUUCCCCGGAGUCCAGUCCACGUCGAGCCAUCUGGUCAGCGGCGAGGGCAGGUCCUCCUCUGCCCCUGGAGGGUGUCAGAAUAGACAGAGAGGGUGUCAUUCAUCUGACAGAGCCCCCCCGCCCCCCCCCCGACGCUGUCACGGGACGUAUCAAGACGGCCUGGAUGAUCAUCUAACCGCUGCUGAAAGAAGAGGGCUUGGAGUGAAGACCACCCUCCCUGCCUCCAAGGAUGGAGAAGGCGUGCCCCUGAGAGUCGUGACCCACACCUGACUUCUUCCGCCGUUCUGUCUGGGAUAAGACACGCACCCCGCUCCCCGUGACCGGCGGCCCACCCUGAAGGCCGGACAGGUUUCGCCUGUGAGCUGGUGUGAUUUUUCUAAGCCCCGCCUGACGGCUCGAGCGAUCCUGACGUCGAACAUGACUCAUGGGGGGGAGCCUGGCUCAGAGACGCACCAGGAUUCAGCUGUUCUAACGUAUCUGGAAGGUUUACUGAUGCAUCAGGUGGCUGGCCGGCCGAGCGGUGCCGUGGCUGCGCAAAGGCCUGAGGGCAGGCCUGGCGGCCAGGAUCAGGCCGACGGGGCGGCCAGGGCCCCGCCACCCCCCCAUAGCCCCGCCCAGCAGGAUAAGAGGCCAUCUCCCGGGGGGCCUCCGCGGCACUUCAAGAAGGCCCGGCUGCUCCGGUCUGAGGCCUGGAGGGAACCGGAAGGUCAAGCACUGCGGGUUCCCACCGGGGGCACCAAUGAGCAGGGUAUGGCCCCCAGGGGUGGGGCGGCAGACAGCUCCGCUCAGGGGGAGAGCACUUUGCUGGCCUCGCUGUUGCAGUCCUUUGGCUCACGGCUUCAUGGCGCUGCCGUUACACAGCAGGUCACGCGGGACCUGAAAGAAUCGGAGCCCAAGCAGGACCUGAAGGAGCCGGAGCUUAAAGAGCCGGAAUCAAAACAGCCAGAUGCCAAGCAUCAGGAGCCUCAGGCGAACAAGGAGGACCCCCGCUGCUGUGGGACAGCGUCUGGUCGCCUGAAGAGUCUGAUGAGGAGGAGCCGAACACAGAACCAUGGCGAUGUGCCUUACCGCCGGCGGACAGCCCAUGAGAGUCCGCCGCAGGACACCCCGCGCCUCCCCAGCUCUGACUCCUGCGCCACGCGCCUGAAAGCUGUGGCUGGUCUGGCAAAGGUCCGGUCCAGCCCAGCAUCCUCGCCCAGGCCGAGUGUGGCCUGUAGUCAGCUGGCCCUGCUGCUGUCCAGCGAGGCGCACCUCCAGCAGUACUCCCGGGAGCAGGCCAUGAAGGCCCAGCUGUCCAGCCGGGCGGCCAGUGAGCGGCUCGCCGCCAUGGCCACUCAGAAGGAUAAGCACGGGCAGCCUCGGCUGACCCCAGAUGCCGUAAGCUCCUUAAAUGCCCAACACAGAACACACCCUCAUCUGCCCCUAGACUCCCAUAAACAAAAUCCAUCCCCGGUUCCAGGACAGAGCCGGCUUCAUGGCUCUCCCCAGAAUUCCCUCACUGCCCGAGACAAGCGUCCUCUGAGCAAGCAUAGUGCCAGGCCCUCGCAGACCUGCAGCAGCUUGCUUUUGCUUCUUCUGAACAACCACAACAGCAGCAAUGGCCACCCAGAGAGAGAAGACAGCACCCUUCCUGUCCAAAGAUCCCCACUGCCGUCAGAUGGAGAGUUUUCCAACCAGGAGAAUGGCCACGCUAAGGAGAACAGUGACGCAGAGAGCUCCUACUCCUGCUGUUCUCCUAUCGACCUCUCUGUCAAGAGCAGGAGCACUGGGCCUGUGCUUGGCUCAUCCUCUUCCUCCUCUCUGGACAAGCUCACAGAGUCCUUGAUAAAGAAGUGGAAGCCGGAGACGCCGGGGUCAGAGACGGAGGAGCUUAAAAUGAGGCGAGAGGUGAAAUCCCCACAGAAAGUCACGCUCCUGCAAUUACUGCAGGAUCAUAAGAAUGCAGAGCGGCCAAGCAGAAUCACAGAGCAUCCUUCAGAGUUUCAGCGUGACGUAAUUCCUAAGCUCAGCAACGUGCCUAAAGGACGGUUUACGCCAACGACUCUCAGCGAGCGGUCGGUGACACAGAGUCCUGCCAAUGGGAUGCCUGAUAAGAACUUUCAGUCCUCGUCCACAUUUCCCAGUGGGCAAGACUCCAGUGGCGCUGUGUCUCCAUACCGCCUUUAUGCUUCUCCUCAUAUUCAGUCUACCCCCCUGGACUUGUGUAAGUCCAAGUCCCACCCAAGCGAAAGUGUCCAAGAGCCCGCUUUUAGUGCCAGUAAACUUCUGCAGAACUUAGCGCAGUGCGGAGUGCAGAAUGCUGCCCCUUCACCACCACAUGGCGCUCCUAUGCCCCCCAGUAAAAGGUUGUGUAGGGGACUGGAAAUCAAAGCGGAUAAGACUCUACCGGAAAGACUUCCUGCGCCAGUUCAGCAGAACCAGUCCCCCAUGUUAGAUGGGCCCCAGGAGAACCAUAGACCUCACAUGCGGGGCCUGUCUUCGCCUGUGUCAGAGAUCGAGAAUCUUCUUGAGAGGAGAACGGUCUUACAGCUUCUCCUAGGAAACAGCACCAGCAAAGACAAACCAGGCAGCAAGGUUAGCAGAGAGUUUUUGACAGACUCUUAUGAAAAGCAGUCUGAAAAAGUCACUACCUGUGAUCGCUUCAAUGGACCUUCCCCGGAUGUAAAGAUCAAAGUUGAGCCAGAAGAUGAAGGUCAACUAUCUGAUGAUGCUAGAGGGGUUGAGAGGUCCUGUAAUGAGAAUGCCAGGCGUUGCCUAGACUCUGUUCCGCCGCAGGACGUCAAAUCCGAGCCAGCUCCUACCGAGACUGUCCCCAAGGAUGGUCUCCUCAGCCAGCUCUUAAAACAGCAGCCAAGAAACCACCAAGCAAAUGCACAAGCAGAUGUCAGUGUGGGGAAUGCAAACGAGGAGCGGCAGGAGCAUCAAGGACUUGUAAUCCCUAAGAAACGGAGGAUCUGCUUGGAGUUGGAGAGUCGCUUGAGCAACGAUCCCACCCAAAUGUCAGCGGGCAAAGCCACCCAAAAAGGUACUGCUGCCACGGGUGACCGCCCGGCUUCUAGGAUGCCAGAGUGGAGUAGCGUCAGACAGACGAAAAACCCGCAGCUAGCUGAUCUUCCUGCCAGUUGUCUUGGUAGCGAAUCCCCACCAAAAGGUGGGCGGACCUUCAAUGUGUUGAAGCAGCUGCUGCUCUCGGACAACUGCCUGAGGGACUUAGCUCAGCCUGGGGGCACCUCCAGCCCCCCCGCCUUGUUGACCCACUGCAAGACCAAUGGGAGUAUGUCACUGGGUCUUUCUCACGAUUCUAGCAGCUCAAAGUGGAACCUUGGUGUGCCGGGGCUGGGACCUUCUGAACUCAAAGGAACAAUUCUUGAUUCACCUUGGGGCUACCCAGGUGCACGCCAGGAAAAAACAAACCCUGUUCCCUUUAACAAAGAGAGCGAGGGACCCAUUCAGGGGGUGAUUAGCAGGAAAGAUAAACAGGACUCGGACUUUGACUCCCCAAGACUUACAAAGUCUAACCCCAUCUUGUACUACAUGCUUCAGAAGGGCAAUGCUCAUCUCGCGAGAGAGGUACGAGACCUCGGGGCAGAGGAGCAUCAUGAGGUUCAGGUAAAGGAUGAAUCUGAGGUGGAUGUGAAAGACUAUGACCACAAACUGAACUUAAAAUGUCACCUGAAGCCACACGACGAACAGCGAGGAGAAGAAGGCGGGCAGCUCAAUGGGUCUCUGGAGAAAUGCUGACUCUUCAGCACAAGGGCAUGCGAUUUAACUACUCGGGACUUGAAGGUCCCGGUGUCUUUGGGUUUUGUAAUGCGUUUGCUUUGCUUACUAGUUUUGUUUAAGCAUGUUUAAGAUGGGAGUAUGUUUGGGUCAGUUAAGUGCAUCGCAAAUGCGACUAACAGAAUUAACACAAACCUGAAUGAUUGUUUUGUUUGUAGUAUUUUAACCUAUUUAUAAUCUGCAUCUUGGUUCCUGUUUUGAAAACCAGAGAUGUCUGGUGGGGUUAAAAUGAAAAGAUUUAUGCACAAAAUAAAAUAAUUAUGGGAAAACUCACCCACACUAGAUGAGUUCAGAAACAUCCACGCAGAGGCUUUGAAAUGAUCCUAGCCUUAUGAGGUUAUUUGUAAAAGGGCCCCUACAUCACAUUGUACUUUUCUGAGCCUGUUAAUACUUUGAAAAGACCGAAAAGUCAGUGCUACUUCAGUCAGUCCAGUCUUUAUCCCCUCAUGUUCAUCCAGGGAUUUACUCUACAAAUAGGUUCUGUGCAGAUACUGGAAAUUAAAUAUUCUCUGAAACCUCGGGAAUUUGAGAGUAACCUGGGGAAGUAGGAUCUAACGUCAAAUCAGGGAUACGCUAAUGCUACCCAGCCUCGUCGUUCACCUUAGCAGCUCACAAAAAGACACGUAUCACCGAUACACGCUCUGAGAGCCUUUUCUGCAGAAGGAUCCAUGUGGGUCUUUGUCUGAACAGAGAGGGUCUCUAAAUGUUGGUAUUUAGCAGAGCUAGGUGUCAGCUAAAGGUCAGUCCACGAAGAAGCAGCCAGUUCCCGUACACAGAGCUUCAUUUGGGCCUUCACGUUGGAGAUUUAUCUUAUGGUGUUGUGAGUUUUCCCCACAGUUACGGGAGAGAUUUAUGUUUCGAUGUCGUGAUGAGCUGGUCUUAGAAGAUGUUAUGUACGGCUUUCGUUGAUACUUCGGUGAUGUUUUUUUGCUGUGUAUAUUGAAAUUCAGCAGUGCCAAAUCUUGAAAAAUGUAACGUUAAUGUAUUUGUGAGGAAGAGAUAUGGGGAUUGAGAUGUGAGUUGUUGGGUCGUAUCAUAGCAGAACUGCUUUUAGGUCCAUUUUCGACAGAAAACAUCAAAUCAAUGUCAGGCCUGAGAUUAGAGAAUGCCUGUUUCUGGGAAAAUAGGGAAAUACAAAUAUACCAUCACCACCUGGUAUGGUUAGAUGUCUAAUAUCUUGUUACGUCCGGAAGGUUCUGCGAAGAUGUGAAACUGAUUAAGGCUGGGACCACUUCUGAAGAGCGGACCCCUGUACUGGGCUCAUGGGCUUGGGACUGGAGUGGAGAGCAGCAGCUCGACCAGAACCUUCUCUUUAUUCCUGAGCAAAUGCUUUAAUUAUAUAUGUUAUAUAUGCUUAACUUAUAUACGUUUCGCCAAUAUGCACAGCAGGAUGAUUCACAGAAGCAGUUUGCCCUACUAACAAGUAUCACAGCAGGAUUAAUCCUAACGUUAAUCCUGAGUCUGAACCCUUAACCUAUUAGCUACGAGGUCCGUUUGUACGAGGUCCGUUUGUAAAGGCACUAGGCGACCGCCUGCCCUGGCUGUGAUUACUGUUUAUCGGAUCAGUGUUUUUCCAGUGUAGAAUCGAAGAAGCAUGUUGAUCAGACUGUCCUGUCAUGAACAUGACAUUUUAAAAGAUUUCAGUGUGACAUAUGUAUAUUUUUUCAGUAUUAAUGUACAUGUCCUCUAUUUACAGUCGAUGUUUCGAUGAGUGGUUUAAAACGUAUGUAAAUAGGUCUUUCGUUAAAAAAAAACAAAACUAUUUUGUACCGUUCACAAAAAAAAAAAAGACGACAUACCGAUUUUCAAUUCUGAAAACGAAUGUAAAUUCUGUGUCAUAAUGUACAUAACAAGAAAGAGGUGGAAAUGCUUAUUUUGCAUGUGUCUCUGUUGUAAGUUUAUGAUAAUCCUUGUUCUGGGGUGGGGGGAAAAAAGUCUGGUGCUCCACAGUGGGGCCUGUUGCAUGUACAUGCAUGUAGGUUCGAUGAAGAAAACAGCACUGAAUGUGGGAAUAUAUAAAAAAGUAACAAAGUCUUAAGCAGCCUUCAUUCCCAUCAAUGGCCAUCGCCAGCAGUGGGUGAAUCUACAGGCCAGUACGGAAAGCGCGUCACAUGUGCUGUUGCUGUUGUCCAGACCAGACCUGUCUCUCCGCCCGGUUGACUUCUGCCCUUCAUCUCCCGGGGGGGCGGCCUCAGACAGACGUUAAACCGUCCGACUUUUCUGCGGCAUCCCCAUGCACAUUACCUGUAUCCUGUAUUCUUUUCUUUAUGUUCUCAUUUGUUGGUGUUUACCUGCACAGAUUUUAAAUAAAGUAAUGAAAUGCACAAUUUGAAAA